AACAGCUUAUGUUUUAGGACACAACAAAAACACCAUUUAGGAACUGACAAACGCGACGUGAGCUCUUUGACGCUAGAGGAAGGAGAACUGCGGUGCGUAAUUACGCACAGGAGCAGGGGAAUUUUUUUUUUUUUACAAGCAGACACAGUCUUAAGUGUUUUACCUCCCAGGGAUUCGCUCUUCAUUGCGAGGACUCCUCUUCAUUCACAUAGACGAUAUCUAUGCUCGACGUCACCAGUGCAGCUACAGCCUCACCGGUUCACUCUGAACUUCACCAUCCAGUCUCUGUGAGCGCAGGACAGGAUGGGAUGCUCCACCAGUUCCCAAACUUCAGCGGUAGACACGACUCGACCGAGUUCUAAGCCCGAGGAGAGCAACGGAGCCAGCACCACAGGGGCAGCCAAUGAAAAUGGCAAUGUAGCUGAGGACAGUGAAACUCUUCCGGACCAAACGCCUGCUGCCAGCACUGAAGUUAAACCUGUGGAUGAACCUGCUGCAGCAGCCACAUCUGCAGACAGCACUACUGCAGCUCCACCGGCAGCGGAGGAACCUCAGCCUGAAGCAGCAGCCAGUCCCCCUGCAGAUGCAGCACCAGCACCAGCUGCAGAAACAGCAGCAGCUGCGGAAACAACAGCACCAGCAGCAGCUGCAGAGGCAGAAGCAGCAACAACAACAGAAACAGCACCAGUGGCAGCAGCAGACAGCACCACUGAGACAGCAGCGAGCUCCUCAGAGCCUGCAGCUGAGGCUCCGGAGCAAGAAAAAGCAGAGAGCACAGCGACUGAUGCAGAGCCCAGUAUGGCGGCAGAACCAGCUCCCAGUGAAUGAAGCACCAUGUGAAUGACUGCACAGAUUAUUUGCUUGGACGUGUCUUAAUUGUUUGUAUGCAUGAGUAAAAGUAUGUGUAAGGCUGUGUGUGUGUGUGUGUGUGUGAGAGAGAAACAGACAUGACCUUGUUGCCAAGAUGCAGACCCUGCGGUAACCACUUUCAGUCAGGGUUCUUCAGUCUCCACUGUGCCUUCUUCUCCUCUUUAUUGUGUACGGCUACAAAAAUAAUAACUCUCGAUAGACUGAGUUCUUCAGCUCUCAGUGGGUGUGUUAACUUUCAGAGGAUGCAAUCAUGUCAGAUUAUCUUAUUCAUUCAAAUCUCUAUUUAUCAAGAGUAUAUACAUUUAUAAUAGCAGAUGUCUUUAAUCUAACUUCAAGAGUUCAUUCUGUAGUUUUCUAUAAAAUUGUUAUUUUAAAUAAACCAAAGCCAAAAUAUAUUAUUUGAUUUAUGAAAUAUUUUUUUUUGUUUUUGGAGCUGGCUUUGAUUUGACAACUGUUUGUAAAGAAUAUGAAGAGCUGGCUCACUGUAAGUUUACGGAGAACUGAUUUUAAACAUCAGGAUGAGUUCUGAUCAGUAAAGUACCAAAUAAAUAUGUGAGAUCUUU